GCAUGCACACACACACCUCAACCAAAACCACUCGACAAACGCACGCCACACAAAUCACCGCAACGCCACAGGCUGAAGAAGACGAGAGCCACUGGGGGAUCGUACAAACAUCCCGGUGGACAGAGUUGUCGUACGUCGUGUCGACACCGAAGUUGGAAGAGGACAAAAUCCGAGAGGCUCUGCGGGAGAGUCCGGGCUCAAAGGAACGUCAGCUAGGAGUCGUGCAGAUGAAGCGGCUGUCGGUACCAAAUGUCACGUUGGGCAUUUUGGACCGUCGUGCUCACCACCUGGGUGUCACCCAAAUUGGUUUGGAACAGAUCAGACCAAAAAGAAGUUCAUUUCUCAGCUGGCUGGCCAAAAUGAUGAAACAUUUGGCAUUGUGCGUCGUCAACGUCAGCUUUCGGCCCUCAGAAGCCGAUAACCAGCUAGACGACGAGUCAGAGCGGUCAGAAGCCGCCUUUGCCGAGUCAGUAGAUCCACAAAUCUCCAAGCCACUUACCCCCCAUCGAUGUUCCAUCGAUGUGCCUAAAAUCUCUGCUACCAGCUUAGACGCCCGAACCGGGCCUCCUCCCAAAACCAUCGAACACGCGGUCCGCUUGGAGACGCGAGCGAAGGAGGAGCAGCAGCCGGCGACCUACACCGUCCCGGCCUAUCCUCACGUCCGCUACUCGAACCGGAGCGGAUGGACCGGAACCCGUUCCCGGUCCCGCCCGCCUCGCUCUCGCAGCUGCAGUUCGCUCGGACAAAGGGAUACGAGCCGGAGCGUGAGGCCUUCGGCCAGCUUACCGGACCUGUUCCUCGUGGACUUCGAGCACUUCACGCCGGACAUCACCUUGGGGGGACCCAAGGAAACGUACCGCUUCCAAUGCCCCGGAGCCGGCCUCUACAAGUGCACGGCCACGGGUCUGGUCUUCGACGUGGACGGGGGAGGGGACGUCUUUUACGGCGUGGUCCCCUGGGACCCGGACCUCCUGGCCGGCCACCGCAAGAGGCCCGCAGGCCCGCUGUUCGACAUCGAGUGCGAGCGUCUGACAGUGCGGCGACUUCACCUUCCGCACUGCGAGAUCCUGUCGGCGGAUGAGGGGGGCCGCCGCCUGUCCGUGGGCCACGUGAGCGGCGAGGGCCUGGAGCUGAUCGCCCCCGCGGAGACCACUGGGACUCACGUCAUUGCCGACAUCUCGGGCUGCUCCGCCUUCGGGCUGAUGAGGGACGAGGACGCCCCCCUCGUCCCCAUCCGAGCCAUGGUGGCCAUCUUCGCCGAGCCCGCCGUGCCGUCCAUCCAGGUGUUUUUAAUCCCGGAGAACGUGGUGCUGGACGCGUUCCGGCGCCAGAGGGCCAGAAACAACUGCAACGAGAGGUUCAUCGAGACCAUCUCGGACUGCAUCCUGGUCCCGCAGCGGCAGUACACGCUGGCCAGCAGGACGGAACCGAACUCGGUACUUAUUCAACCGGACAGCGGGACUUUUUACCAAAUGUCUCACAACUACAAUCCGACGUUCCAAAUAUUUCGAUUUGGCGACCUGGAAUCAAUCCAUCUGACCCUGACGGAACUGAAUUCCGUGGACUGCGUCUGGGGCGCCGUGGUUCCUUUGGUACGAGCGGCGCAGAGGCGGCCCGGACCCGUUGUUGAAGAUCUGAGAGACGUUUGGUCCGAGUUCAUCCUGCAGGUAUCGAUGCCGGUCCUGGAUCGCCUGGUGGACCGCCUGUUUCAGGCCCGUGUUCUCGGCGAGGUUGACAGAGCAGCGAUUACCGGCGUAACGGAUCGAAGCCACAAGGCGCGGUUCCUCCUCUCCACGGUCAUGAACAUCGGCGCACCCGCUUGUGAGAUGCUGGUUACGUUUCUCCGUGAGGAUGACCCCUACAAUGCCAAUAGUCUCGGUUUGACGUGAGCAGAGACGUCAAUCGAUACGGCGAGGAACGACUGUACAGCUUUAUGUGUUUUAUCAACGUUUAUUAACCACAUUUUUUGAUGAUUUUAUUAACAGGUAUAACUUUUCGUGUGUUUUAGUAAUAAGUACAUCUUUACUUUUGUUUUAAUGAACAAUGUUUUUUAUCAACCGGUACAUCUUUAAAUGUGUUUUAUCAACAAGACAAACCUGCCGGAAGAAUCUUAAAUGUGGAAUCGACACGGCCGACGUCAGAAGGCACUUUUUUACGGGAUUGCUCACUUCCGUGGACAUCUUCGGCGGAACAUUGUGUGCCUGACGGAAAACUGCGACUGAGUGCAUUGCCACUAGCGUAGAUGCGCAGACUCCUCGCUGUCCAAAAGCGUCACUCUUCAGGAAAGAAAACAACAACAACACGUUUGUUGAGACAUUAACAGUGCAUGAUUAAAGACACCAAGCCAUUUUCAACACUUUACACAGGGCAAUCAUUUGAA